CUCACAGCAUCCCCAGCGCCACUGGCUUUCAAAGGGCAAUUUGUCUGGAGCGAGCCAAUCAUGGGCUGGCCCUGUGGGGCAGCCAGUGGGAGCCAAGCCUGCAGUGGGCCAGCCAAUGGGAGCAGAGCCUGCAGCAGCUCGGCCAAUGGGGGCUGGGUAUUCUAAUGGACCACGUCUUUAUCAGAGAAAUGUUGCCUCUGGCCAAGCCCAAGUUGAGUGUCCGGCGCUGGUGGCAUAUCGGGCGUGGGGUCAGCCUGGGCCGGCGCCAGCACCAUCCCCACCAGGCACCCUCACCAGCCUGCCUGUGGCCCCGGGCCCCGCCGGCUGGGUGCCCAGGCCUGACAGCCCCGGGGAUGGGCUGGCCCUCGUGGCCCCGGGGCGCCAGGCUGUAGGGCUGCCACGUGCGGCUCACAGCGCCAUGGACGCCAACCUGCCCGGCACCUUCCUGCUCAACGGGCCGGCACUGGGCCCCUUCCCCGAGGCCAAGGCACCCGUGUGCCAGUACUCCGUGCAGAGCUCCUUCUACAAGCUGGGGGCCCCGGGGCUGGGUGCCCAGCUGGCUGCGGGCACCCCGCACGGCAUCUCUGACAUCCUCAGCCGGCCGGCAGCGACGCCAAGCAGCGGCCUCCUCCCUGGCUAUCCCCACACGGGCGGAUUUGGUGGACUGAGCUCCCAGGGCGUCUACUACGGGCCCCAGGUGGGGACCUUCCCCAAGGCUGGCAGCGAGUACCUGCCGCGGGGCCGGAGCUGCUGGGCGGAGGCCGCCCCGGACUGGCGCGGCAGCCGGCACUGUGGCGGCCCCCCGGCCCACCUGGCCGACAGCAUCCACAAGAAGAAGCACACGCGCCCGACCUUCACCGGCCACCAGAUCUUUGCGCUGGAGAAAACUUUUGAGCAGACCAAGUACCUGGCCGGGCCGGAGCGGGCCCGGCUGGCCUAUUCCCUUGGCAUGACGGAGUCCCAGGUUAAGGUGUGGUUCCAGAACCGCCGGACCAAGUGGAGGAAGAAGAGCGCCCUGGAGCCCUCGUCCUCCUCUCAGCGGGCCGGGGGCACGGGCGGGGAGCGGGCAACCUCUGAGACCGAGGAUGACGAGUACAACAAGCCGCUGGAUCCCGACUCGGAUGACGAGAAGAUCCGGCUGCUGCUGCGGAAGCACCGUGCUGCCUUUUCGGUGCUUGGCUUGGGCUCACACAGCGGCUGAGCACUGCUGCUGCCAUCACAGUCCUUGCACCUUGGCACAGCCUGCCCCGUGGUGGCCACAGGGCUGCCAGCCCUGCCCCCAGUGUCAGUGCGGGUGGGUUGAUGUUCCCAGCCUUGGGAGCCAUCCUGGGUCCCUGGGAGCCACCCCCGAUCCUGGAUGCCAUCCCCGAUCCUGGACGCCAUCCCUGAUCCUGGGGGCGCUCCUGUGGCAGCCAAGCCCGGGCCCGGGAGGCUGUAUCC